CAAGAAAAAUAACUAAAUUGAUAACAACACUUCUCAACCUCGUUUGUGCGCCAUUUGCUGAUAAGCUACUCAGCAGCCCUCAAUUCGGCAGUAAAAUAUCCAAAAAAAAACAAAUUGAAUUAGAAGUCCUAAUCAUGAAGCUCUUCAUUCUAUCAACUUUAUUGGCCCUAACGUGGCUUCGGUGUGGUGCGCUAGAUUACCCCGGAACAGAAACACGCCCCAUCCUAAGUGAAGAAGAGGCCAGCCAAUACACACCCGAGAGUUACUUAAGUGAGUGGAUGCCUGAAGACAUUGCCAUUCCCGAGGAACCAGACUUUGAAGUCCAAGCAGGAGAUUCUAUUCAAAAAGUAGUGAACGAUGCAAUUAGAGAUAGCGAUGGCACCAGAAGAAUCUACAUAAAAAUUCAAGCAGGGCAUUACAUGGAAACUGUAUACAUCAACGGAGAAACCCCGCUUACCAUCUUUGGAGAUCCAGACAAUCCUGAAAAUAUCCACAUCAUGACGAAUAUCAGCGCCCAAAUGCGCGCAGCUGAAUACCAAAGUAUGGUAAAUGAAAAUGGGGAACGGUACCAAGAGGAUGAUCCUGCCUGGGAUUUGUAUAAUUCAUGCGCUUCGAAAACGGGAGUUAUUGGUUCUUGUGCAACGGUACUUUGGGUGAAUAGUCCAGAGUUUCAGCUGCAAGGCGUUACAAUCCAUAACGGUGCCACAGACGCUCAAGGAAUCGCUAUCAAAACCACAUCUGAUAAGGUGCAUUUGAAAAACUGCAACUUUUUGGGGUUUCAAGACACUGUGGGUCUAGGCGUGGAUAACGGAAGUCAACUGGAACGCGUUUUUGUUGAGCGGUGUUACGUGGAGGGAGAAGUGGAUUAUGUGUUCGGAAGUGCCUCAGCAGUAUUGGAAAAUGUUGUUUUCCGUACAGUUGCCAUCAAAACGAACGGUUCCCAGAUCAUAUUUGCUCCUAGCACUGCUCCGACAAGGUCUUUUGGAUUUUUGGUCAUUAACAGCAGUAUUACUGGGGACUCAUAUUAUGCAACAUCCCAUCAGGUUAGCCUGGCUAGAUCAUGGGAUCGAGGAAUUGCGAGCGCAGACCUUUAUAUUCCAGAUGAAUCGCCUAAUGGUCAGUUAGUUAUCAGGGAAUCAACUAUUGAGGACAUUAUCAACUUGGAGGCGCCGUACUCUGCAGCAGCCACCAGCAGCAGACCAUUUAAAACUGAUCUUAAACCAGAUCGGAAUUUGGACGACAAUACCCAUAACAGAUUAUGGGAGUUUAAUAACAUGGAAGUAGCCAAGACUCCGAUAAGUCAUUAACGUAAUAAGAAUGUUAUUGAUACAGUUGGAAAAUAAACAUUCCAGAAUAAUUGAAAAUUAAAAAGAAUAUCGAAGAUUAGAUAGAAAAACACUUAAA